AUGCUACGUGUUGGAGCAAGAGGCACACGCACGCAGGGAAGCAGCUUCCUGUCUUCUUCCCGCUUCACCGGUGUCACCGCCGCCGCUGCCGCCCGGUUCUGCCCGGCUGCGCGGUCGCAGACACUCGGCCUCGUCGGUCGCUACAGCAGCAGCACCACCACCACAGCGGUCGAGGGCGGCAAGCUGACCCAGGAGGAGGUCGACAACCAGAACAAGCACGCCAACGUGCUGCGUCUCGUCAACGCCUACCGCACCUACGGCCACUUCGACGCCGCCCUCGAUCCCCUGGGCCGCCGCCAGCGAGGUGCGCCAGAGGGUGUGCUGGAUGCGGCGCGGUAUGGGCUGGGGAAUGAGGAGGUGCAGCUCCGGGGCCUGUUCUUCGGGCUCGACAAGGAGAAGGCCAGCGUGAGCGAGAUCGUCGACGCCCUGAAGAAGACCUACUGCAGCAGCGUCGGCGUGGAGUUCACCCACGUGGAGAACCCCGAGGAGCAGACCUGGCUGGCGCGCCGCUUCGAGGCCGCAAUGGGCCGCACCGCCACCGGCGCCACCGCCCAGAACGCCCUGCCUGCCGAGGACAAGAAGCGCAUCCUCAACCUCCUGCAGACCUCCGAAGAGUUCGACCACUUCCUCCACACCAAGUUCCGAGCUGUGAAGCGCUACGGGCUGGAGGGGUGUGAGUCCAUGAUGGCUUGCAUGGACACCAUUUUCAGCAAGGCCGCGGAGAGCAGCUUCGAUGAGGCUGUGAUCGCGAUGCCGCACAGGGGUCGGCUCAAUUUUUUGACGGGCAUCCUGCGCUACCCGGCGUCCAAGAUCUUUGCCAAGGUGAGCGGCUUCAACGACUUCCCCACCGUCGAAGGCGCCGGCAAGAACCUGCACGUCUCCCUGAUCCACAACCCCUCGCACCUCGAGGCGGCCAAUCCGGUGGCGCAGGGCAAGGUCCGGGCCAAGCAGGACCUGGGCAAGGGCCGCAAGCAGGCGCUGUGCAUCGUCGUCCACGGUGAUGCCGCCAUGAGCGCCCAGGGCGUCGUGCCCGAGACCCUGACCCUCUCCCAGCUGCCCGAAUACGCCGUCGGCGGUUCGAUGCACGUCGUGGUGAACAACCAGAUUGGCUUCACCACGGAAUGCCACAAGGGCCGGUCGAGCUGGUACUGUACCGACGUCCUGCGCUCGGUCCACGCGCCGGCCAUCCACGUCAACGCCGACGACCCCGAGGCCGUCGUCAUCGCCACGCGCCUGGCCAUGGACUACCUGACCACCUUCCGCAAGGACAUCAUCGUCGAUCUGCACGGCUACCGCAGGCACGGCCACAACGAGCUCGACGAGCCCUCCUUCACCCAGCCCCUCAUGUACGACAGCAUCCGCGUGCGCCCGACCAUCGCCAAGCUCUACGGCGAGAAGCUCAUCAAAGAGCAGGUGGUCACCGAGGAGGAGGCCAAGGCGAUCAAGGACCAGGCGCGCCAGGUCCUCGACAAGGAGUUCGCUGAGUCCCAGAAGGCCCAGCCGACCGUGGACACGAUGGGCGGCAAGUGGCAGAAGAUGACCGCGCCCCAGGACAUGACCAAGCCCGUCGACACCGGCUACGCCGAGGAGGAGCUCGUCAAGGUCGGCGUCGCCUCCAUCAACCCGCAGGGCAAGACCGUGCACAGCCGCCUGCAGAACUUCUUCUGCAAGCCCCGCCAGGCCAAGCUCGAAUCCAAGACCGGUCUCGACUGGGCCACCGCCGAGUCGCUGGCCAUCGGCUCCCUCCUGCUCGAGAAGUACAAUGUGCGCUUGAGCGGCCAGGAUGUGGGCCGCGGCACGUUCAGCCACCGACACGUGGCCCUCACGGACCAGAAGACCAACGAGCGCGUCAUCCCGCUCAACCUCAUGUCCUCCGACCAGGGCAAGCUCCACGUUGCCGACAGCCCGCUCUCCGAGAUGGCCGUGAUGGGCUUCGAGUACGGGUACAGCAUGGAGGACCCGAGCACGCUGGUGCUGUGGGAGGCCCAGUUCGGCGAUUUCCACAACGGCGCGCAGAUCAUCAUCGACCAGUUCCUCAACAGCGGCGAGGACAAGUGGUGGCGCCAGUCGGCCCUCACCCUCCUCCUGCCCCACGGCUACGACGGCGCCGGUCCCGAACACUCCUCGUGCCGCAUCGAGCGCUUCCUUCAGCUUUGCGAUGGCGACAGGCUCAACCCCGGGGACAUCUCGAACCUGGUGCCCAACAUGCAGGUCAUCAACCCGACCACCCCGGCCAACUACUUCCACGCUCUGCGUCGUCAGAUGAAGCGUAGCUUCCGGAAGCCCAUGGUCGUGGUGGGUCCCAAGACGCUCCUGCGCCACCCGCAGGCCGUGUCCGACCUCGCCGAGAUGGCGCCCGGCACCUCGUUCCAGCCCGUCAUCGCCGACACCACCGUCUCGCCGGCUCACGGCAAGGUGUACUACGACCUCGUCAAGCACCGCGAGACCAAGAAGAUCGACGACGUCGCCAUUAUCCGCGUCGAGGAGCUGUCGCCCUUCCCCUAUCGGGCGCUGGCCGACGAGCUCGACAAGUACCGCAACGCCGACUCCUACAGGUGGGCGCAGGAGGAGCCCCAGAACGCGGGCAUGUGGGACUACGUCGCCCCGCGCUUCUCCCGCCUCUCCGCUCCCGUCAAGCUGGUUUCGCGACCGGCCUCGGCGGCGCCGGCUGUGGGUCUGGGCUCCAUCCACGCACAGCAGCAGAAGGCCAUCCUUGAUGGCGCCUUUGCCUAA